AUGUGUCAACGGGCAGCCGUACGCGAUCAACUUGGCGGAGAAGAGCGACAGGAAUUCGAGAAUUAUGUGCAAUCCAUUUCGGAAAAACGUGGAGAAAUCAAGAGGGCUUCCUUUCUUCGAAGUAUUCAUGAGGGCAAACCACAAUCCAAGAUUCCUGAAGAUCUAAGUCGGUACGUACACAAUUAUUCGUCCAUAUCUCUCGAUAAAACAGCGACUGAAGCCUUAUCGUUGGGUCCUAAGUUUUGCUGUCCUCGCCAGAAAACCAAUUCGAGAACCUCUUGAAUCAAACACAUGACCUUCAGCCAUUUUCGACAGAGAGCGUACAACAUCUUAAGUCUACGUUAAUCAAUUGCUCUUAUCAAUACCUGAACCGUCGUCAGACAUAUCGGGGCUUGCUGACUAAGUCACACAUUGAGAAGUUAGAGCAGCUCCGGCAGAACAAAGACGUUCUGAUAAAUAGGCCAGGUAACGGAACUGGCUUUGUUUUGAUGGACAGGAGAGACUAUAUUACGAAAAUACAGUCAAUUCCGUCGGAUCAGGAAAAGAUCCGAAAAACAGAGAAGGAGAAGGAUCAUACAGAUGAGAUUGAAGCACAACUGACUGACUGCUUGAAAAGACUUCAGGCGGAUGGUUGCAUAAGCGAACACGACGUAGAGCGCCUCCGACCCGUCCGCACGCAUAUACCUAGAUUAUAAGGUUUGCCGAAGAUCCACAAAGACGGCGCACCGGUUCGUCCAAUCCUCGACAUGAGGAACUCGCCGUACUAGACAAUAGCGAAAUGGUUGGCGGAGAAACUUAAGCCUCUACAGUAUCAACGAACGCCACAUAGUUAUCGAGAUACUUUUGGAUUCAUUAACGGCGUGAAAGACUUCAAUCCGAACGAAAUGGUCGUGUUUUCGUUAGAUGUCUCAUCCCUUUUUACAAACGUACCGGUAACGGAAACGGUCAAUUAUCUUUGUGAUUUCAUCGCCGACAAUCAACAGGAUAUAGGAAUGCCAGUGAAUGCCAUCUAGGAAUUGUUAUUGGGGCCCACAUUGGACGUGCAGUUCCUAUUAAACAACAAUCUGGAUAGACGGAUGGACGGCGUAGCAAUGGCCUCGCCCCUAGGCCAGCUUUUAGCAAAUAUAUUCAUGGGAAAGUUAGAAGCUUUCCAGCUACGCCACCAGAUCAACGGUCUAUGAUACUAUGGGCGGAUUACAUAAAUCAGACGCACCCAUCAAUAAAAUUCCCUCUGGAAGAAGAACAGUCCGGUUCACUUCCGUUUUUGGAUGUGCUUUUGAGUAGAAGACCUGACGGCAGCAUUCGACGUAGCGUCUUUCGUAAAAAAGUGGUCCGGACAAUACAUUCAUUUUGGGAGUUUUGUACCGCUAACCGUUAAACGUAAUUUAGUCCGUUGUUUGAUAGAAAGAGGGAGAAGAAUCUGCUCAGGUGAUAGCGUUGAGAACGAGCUUAAGAUAGUCGAAAGCCUCUUUAGCCAUAACGGGUAUCCUGAUCGAUUCAUUGCUAAGAACAUGGCCGAAAGACCACAAAAGCUCCCGAUACUGACGGCAGGAAAGAAAAGGCAUUUCAUCAGGGUCCCAUUUCACGGGAUACACCAAGUGAACUUUUAAGAAGACGCCUAACUCAAGCUGCAUCACAGGCCUUUCCAGCCGCUGCCACCCGUGUACUGUUCUCCACCAGUCCCAUCCUAUACGGAGAGGGCAAAGACAAACUACCAGCUCAGACCACCUCCAUGUGUAUUUACUCAUUCAGCUGCUCCUGUGGGGCAGAAUAUAUUGGUCGCACGAGCCGGCGUUUAUCCGAAAGAAUAAAAGAACAUCUCCCAGCAUAGUAAGGAAAGGGACAAACAAAGAACAUCAACAGCUCAAUCCUCACGCACAUGGUAGACACAGACCACCGUGUAGACGCCAAAGAGGCCUUCAAAGUGAUUUAGAAGGUAGCAUCAAGCUACCAUCAAGCUAUCCAAAAGUGCUUGGGCAGCGUUUGUUGGCUACGGAAGAGGCGGCUGCAAUCAGGCUACGCGGACCGGUCAUAUGCGCACAGAAGUAUUUCAUACACGUCCCACAGUUGCCAUGGCUUAAAGCCACCAAGCCAGCCACCCUCGCCGGCACCCACCUUCUCCCUGGCGCAGACUGGAAUUGUGGUGUUUCACUCUCCCCAUCCCCUCCCCUCCCACCUCCAAACCCGAGCUACAGCUUAAUUAUUUGCUUGUUCGUAUCUUUUAAUUCAUUACCUCAAUAGCCCUUUAAAUUUACGGGCUUGAAGAGAAUUUAUCGGAAGCAGACGUAUGCUCGUCAACUUGCCUUUUGAAUCUUACAAUGGGAAUUUUCGCAACUUUAUUUCCAGUUAAUACGCAAAAUUAUCAGUAAACAUUGCACUCAGCAUGCGCAUGAGAACUACUUUGAUAUUUAUAUGGCCAUUCUCUAAUGCAUCUGAUCUCCCAAUAUUCGGUCCGGAACGGUGUAAGGACAGUAAAACUGCCCUGAAAUAAUAAAAAGGAAGAUUCCUUGUUUACGACGGAAUAAGCUGUUAAUGUGUGCCAAGAGGGAGCAAAAUAAUCCAGAUUGCUCCUUGCUUUGUUAAUAUGGAUGUUGAAAGGCAACAUUCUCCAGUAAGGUCCUUUUCACAAAGAGAACUUGCUGGGGGUUUCGAUUUUAUCAAAUGGGUGUCUUCCAUAUGCCUUUGGGUGCGGAGUAUCCUGACCUUCACUGAACAUAUUCAAUAGUUUGAAGAGAGUUCUAAAUAAUCAUGUGCACAAAAUGAACCUUCAUGAACCCCAGCAUGAGGAAGAAUUUAAGAACUCCCUUAUUCAGGAAGUGUUUAUUGUCAUAACUUGUAUAUUCCAUAUUUUUUGGUUAAUCGACUAAGAAUAACGAGAACCGCAUGACAUUAACUGGCGUUUUAUGGACACCAUGUGACUGUCUGGCUCGACAGUCGCCAGAAAGCCCGCAGCAAUUUUGGGGACGACGACUGCCCCUAAUACAUGAGACGUGAUAAUUUUAUUAUUUCAUUUGUUAAUUAUGUUUCAACUUCAUAGUCACUAACCUACCUUUCGACAUGUGAUCCAGUGGGAACCUCCGUUUCAGAGGCGUCAACCUUUGUAAACUACAGGGCAAAAUCGAAGUUAGUUGAAAUCCUGUCUGCUUGCGUCAGCUGCCUCUCGAGUAAUGUGAAAACAAUAUACAACGAAUUAUUUCAAUAUCCUUUUGGAAAACCGGCAAACCUUGCUGUUCGUUGAGGACAUCGCGAACAGUUGUAGGCUGCAAUGACCUAAGCGUGUUUUUAGAUGAUGCUGUGGUUUCAGUUUUUUCAAGUCCCUCGAUUUACAUUAACACACAGGGCGCAUAUAUAGAAGUGAAGUUAUCUCAUUUAACAUGAAUUUUCGGGUUUCGUCGGAUUUUCCCCUAUAAAGCGUUGGUAUUUCUAUCUAAUGCAAGACUGGAUUUAGUGCUUUGUUUCGGCUUCCAUCCGUCUUAAUCAGGUCUGGUUUCAAGUUACUAAGAAUGUUUGUGCAUUUAAGUAAAGAUUUUGAAUUAGAUCGCCUAUUCAAGCUCAGUUAACUACCAGUUUUUUUUUCGCAGCACAUCGUCCUGGAUGACAUGACGAUCGAGGCAGAUAACUUUUCUACUCACCUCUCUUCUUCUGUGCUCCUGACAGCCUGAUACAGCGCAGGUAUCUAGCGAGUAAGAUGCUCUGUUUACAAUGAAAGCGGUUAUGGCUUUAUGGAAGCGUUCGCUUCUGGAGAGAGGUCGGAGUACACAAGGCCACGGUUAAAGUACUAUAACUAUGAAACUUUACAACUAGGAUUUUCUGAAGUGAGAAAAAUCGUCAUGUGCUUCAAAGUGUGUCUAUUGAGCAUCCCGUGACAGCUGGGCAGGGAUCAAACCCUGAACAUAGAAGUCCGCUGCCGAUCGUUGAGGUUGUUUAGUCUCGUACUUUGCCUACCAGAACGACAGCUUGUCCGGGACAAAACUUUUCUUAAUCUUGUUUGAUUUAUUCACACAACUGUGGUGGCUAUCCUAAAGGCGAGGCUCGUGCUGAUGUUGGGGAGGGGGGGAGAGCGAUGUUCGUCGGUGUUUGGGAAUGGGACCCUAAUAUCGUUUGAGAAAGACCCGUGGUUUGAGUCGGGUCAACCGGUCAACGAGUUAGUUUAACCACAGGUACUAGUCAUGUUGGUUGCGGUCUGAAAUAUUCGGAUUCAUAUAAGAGCGGGCUUUCACUGAUCUAUUCGCUGAACAAAACAUACCCUAUUUGCUUUGUUUUUGAAGUUAAAGCUAGUUCUCCUUCAGGCGAUCCACUGGCCACAAGUCUGUAGCCCAACUGCCAGAACAUUUGGCUGAAAAGUGCAAGGGUCAACAGAACCAUGCUUAAGUGCCCGAUCGCCCCAGCCUGGGAAUUGGCUCUGGUUACCUAAAGGCGAAAAGUAACCUUUAAUGCCUACUCCAGUUCACAUGGUCUUUGUCAGAAUUACGCUUGCGAUCUUGGCGUCAAAGGAUGGCCGGUUGGAAUUCAUGACUUUACCUCCGACGCAAAGCGGAACGAGCGUACUGCAGUCUACAUGGCGUCGCCACAGCGACCAAACACCCCCUUGUUAGCUUACUACUCGCCCAAGUACGACAGUCUUCGGCUUGCUAACUUUGGCGCCGAUCAUUACUCUGUCCCUCACUGAUUGGCCACAGCCUCACAUGACACAGCUACACGCUCGCACCUCUCGUUGGCGAGCACAACAUAAGCGGUGGUUUUGACCUGGCUGAACUAUUCCUGCCGCUGCCUUCUGGACUGCUUGUAAUGCCAGGCCGAAGCGAACAUUGCCCUGACUUUUGAUUCGGUAAACUCCUCGUUGUCGAUGCAUCGUACUUUGAUGAUUUGCGACCUCUUUCGAAUACCAGUCUUUCUCAUUCUCGGUCUCCGAGAUAGCCAGCUGAUAACAGCGAGAAAAUUUCUGCCAGAACUACAGCAGAUCUUAGCACCUGCUCACCGGCUCGUUCCAUUUUCAAGUUUCACAACUUCCAAUUAAUCAAUUCUCACGGACUUGAGGUCACAGAUGGUGGCGCUUCCCGGGUUUUAGCUUCGCUUCAGCAGCAAACAAUCCUCUGCAUUCCGAAGAGCACCAGGUCAUCUUCCCGGCUUAGGCAACUGCCAGCAGUUCUGUCUUUACGAUCAAUUAGUUCAUUUUGCCAGCUACCUAACAAGUACUACGACCUCACGCCUUCUAAUUUCCACUCACAUACCCCACCGGACGACGUCAAUCAUCACCGUCCCUCCAAUGGUUUGUAAGUCCCGCUUUCUCGUAUCUGCACGUUCAGAUGCAACCGAGGCUGAGUUCAAACACGGACUUAAGAUAAACAUUGCCAGUCAGACGGAGAGUUCUUAGGCCUCCCACGUCUGCUCCCGGUCUCCUAGUCUGCCACUGUUGAAAGAUGGCUCUGCGGUGACUACAGGGCCUUGAAUACCUUCGCUUCUCUUAACUGCAAUUCUGUUCCGCAUCUGAAUGACUUUACUAAUAUCCUAUUCGGAAAUCUGUCUUCGUCAAAAACAAACUGGUCUGGAUACUCUAGCAGACUUCAUUGCACUCAAAAACGUUUCAAAGUCCACCGUCACCACGCCCUCGUUUUCUUCGAGUUUCUGCGCAUGCCUUGUGGACUCAGUGAUGCCCCCAAACCUUCCAGAGUUUUGUAACCAGAGAACUUCAUAGUCUACCCAUUGUUUAAGCCUAUAGUGAUGGCCUCUCGAUUGCUAACACUACCAACAAAGAACACGUGGAACAUCUUGCAACGGUGUUUGAUCGCCCACAACGCCAGUUUUAGCAGUAUUCUGCAUGUUGAACUUUUGCCUGCGGUUCGUCUCCAACCGUGUUAACACGGACCUGCCCCGCAAGAACUUCAUUUUGAAUCCAACUAAUUGUUCGAGUUCUCCGCAGACACUCUCGCCAUUUUUAUAAAGAUGAAUACUGUUUGACAGGCACCGUGUUCCUGGCUCAAUUUCCUUUCAAACGUUUAGUUUUCUCAUGGCUAAUGCCUUCUAUACUGCAGUCAUUGCGGUUCUUCAAAAACAUCUUGCAAGCCAGAUCCAACAUAUGGCUUCCAACUCUGGAGAGUUAUUGCCUCACAAAUCGUGCUUUGACCGUCUAAGUAAUCGUAAAACGAUCUUGGCGCUAUCUGGUGAACAGCUGCAUUGUCAUAUUUACGGGCUACGGACCUUUGUCUAUCGUUCUGAAAUCCCAUUACGACCAAUCUAACUCUUCCCGGGGAGAUUUGCCAAUUGAACCAUAUCUCACAGUUCACUUCUCAUUUCCGCCACGUCGACGGACCGUGGUCUGAGGUUGUUGGUAUUUCAUUUGGAACCUCCAUCGUCCAUCUUCAGUUCUCACCAGGAAUCGACCUCGUUAAGAUGUAUGCAGACCAACUCCGCGUCAGUUACCUUUGCAAUGAUGACUUAUCUGAACUCCAAACCCACUGCGACGUCUCCAAGGUUUUCUCAUCGCCCUGCAUAACUUAUUAUUUUCCGUGGGAGUUUAGCUCUCGAUAAACCGGCUCUUGACUUUUUUGCCCAGUCUAGGAUGCAAAAAGACUCAGUUAUAGACGAGGAGAGUGGUCCGGACGCGGAUGGCCGAGCACGCAGUAGCGGUGGGGAGGAAAGACACUAG